AUGGGUGAUCUUCAUCAUCAUCUUCAGAAUCAAGAAGAUCACAUUUUGAUCCCAAAUUCUCACAACCAACAAGAAAACAACGAUCUUUUCUCAAUGCUGCAUCUCAACAGCUCUUCCACCUCAACCCACCACCACCACAAAAACUCCACCAAACGCCGCUCACGUCCGUCGUCUUCAUCCCUCGAACGAUGCGCCAAGAAGCAUUCUUUCGACCAGGAGGAUUUCACCCGUAAUGGCUUCUCUGCCAUUACACUUCCUUUCAGUCUUCAUGGCAAUGUUCUUCGCCGCUGCGUCUCCACGCCAGAGCAGUCCGCAAUAACGCCGUUGGUGAAAGGGGCUGGUUUGCCUCCCCUGCAUCCGAACUUGAGGAGGUGUUUGUCUGCUGAUGCUAAAUCGGUUUCUCGUGCUUUGAGUUCUGAAGAAUCGGCGCCUGCUGAUUCAAUGAGGCUUAAGAGGAUGAAGGAUCGUAUGAAAGAAAUGAAACAAUGGUGGGAUGAAGUAAUGAAAGAAGAGGAUGAAGAAGUGAAAGAAGAAGAAGAACUACAACAACAAGAAGAUCAAGAAGAAGAGAAAGAGCAUUCUCCUGUGGUUGAAGAGGAAAAAGGCCGAUCUCAGGAUGAAUUGGGGGAAGAUGUUGAAGAAGCUGUGAGAGUAGAGUGGGCUGAAAAAUGUUUAAGCCUUACUUUCAAGUGUCCAUGUAGUAAGGGCUAUGAGGUUUUGAUAUCGGCAAACAAUUGUUACUAUAAGUUGGUGUAG